UAUUUUUGUGGAAGAUGAACUCCAGAUUUUAACAAAUUUUAAACAAUGAGGAGUAAGACCAUAUCAACAACUAUUCUGAUUCCUUUAAACCAUACCAACGAUUAAACCUAAUGAUAUGAGUAAUGCAGAUCUCCAUAGUCAUUUGAUUCAUACGACUUUAACUUUGAAUUCCACUACUUUAUAUACUUAUGAAAAUCAUCAACUUAUACCUUUGAUCAACAAUUUAAAUUGUUCUGAGAUCAUCUCUCAGGAGUUGGGAUUAAUAAAUUCAUCUAAAACUAUAGUUGGGUCUAUUCAGAUUUCAAGUAAUUAUACUACCACAAAGUUGGUACUUUAUUUCAUGAAAAAGGCGUUGGUCAAUAAAGAUGGUAGUACAGAUUUAAUAACAGUGGUCACUAUCGCUCAUUCAGAAGUUAAUCGAGCUUUAAUCAUCACAGUGCUUAAAAAGAUCAUUGAUAAAUACAUAGAUUUUAAACAAGAGACUGAGAAUUCAGACCCCGACACUAUAAAUAACAACAAUAUUAAUAAUAGCAAUCCUAUUAAUAGUGCCAAUAAUUCACCAAGUCAGACCAAAUCAAGGUUAGGAGAAUUCAAACUUAUGAUGAAUCAAAUUAUCAAGUUUCAUGAGUUGGAAUAUAGUUCAAAUGCUCAAAUAUAUAACUAUGGUGCUAUCGAAGGAACUGAUGGCGAAUCAUCUCAAAGUAUCAAUCCAAAUCAAUUACUCUUAGCCAAUGAAGAAGUAGAUGAAGUACGUCAACUUAUGUUGGACAAUAUCAAUAAACUCUUGAGCAGAGGUGAUAAGAUCAAUCUUCUUGUGGAUCAAACUGAUCGAUUGAAUACAUCAUCACUGGUGUUCCAAAAGAGAGCUCAACAAAUUAAACGAAAAAUGUGGUUUGGGAAUAUGAAAUUCAUCUUAGCUAUUGCAGCUGUUAUUUUUGUCAUUUUAUAUUUAUUCAUUGGGCAACUGUGUGGGUUCCCCUUUUUCAGUCGUUGUUUGCAUAAUUAAAAGUUUUAUUCUAGAUCAACAACAUCCAUCCAUAAUUUGCAUUGAUAGUCUUUCUACAGAAUUAGAUAUAUAUAUAUUUAUAAAAAAAAAAUUAGCCUGUAUUGUAUUUAUAAUGACCAAAAUAGUAUUUAAUAUACAUAAUUAUUCAUCUUCUUCAUCGCUAUUGUCAGAAUCUUGUUCAGGUUCUGCUUCUGGUUCUGUACCUCCUAAUUCUGCUUCUUCUUUACCAAGUUGAGCAAUAGGGUUGGCUGUAGCUGAUUCUUCUUCAUCAUCCUCAACUUCAUCAUCAUCAUCUUGUUCUUCUUCUUCCUCUUCUUCCACUAUCUCGACAUCACUGUCAU